CAAUCCAACAGAUCUUGGAUCUGGGCUUGCGGGGAGAUAGGAGGUUGAAGGGUUUAGGAAUUCGAGUCUUUCAUUUUCCCUCAUAGCUUCUACUCCCCCCUUCAACUAUGUCAAGGUAAAGUAAAGAAUUCACAGGGGAAGAGAGAAGUAAUUCCAUCCAAAGGUGGACAGAAUCGUAGCUUCUUCACAAGGACAACUCACACUCAUGGAGAAAAGCCCCCACCAUCUCAGGGUCCCCGCUUAUCUCUGGGUCUCCUGGAUCCUUCAUCAUUGCUGCAUUCUCAAGCUUCUUCCAUUCCCUUCAGCCCCUGCCCGGAUGGCAGCAGUAGUUCUAGGGGGAGACACCAUGGGCCCCGAGCGUAUCUUCCCCAAUCAGACUGAGGAGCUAGGGCCGCACCAGGGCCCUACGGAAGGCACUGGGGAUUGGAGCAGCGAGGAGCCUGAGGAAGAGCAGGAGGAAACGGGGGCAGGCCCAGCUGGCUACUCCUAUCAGCCCCUGAACCAAGAUCCUGAACAAGAGGAGGUGGAGCUAGCACCGGUGGGGGACGGAGAAGAUGUAGUUGCUGAUAUUCAGGAUCGGAUCCAGGCCCUGGGGCUUCAUUUGCCAGACCCACCAUUAGAGAGCGAGGAUGAAGAGGAGGAGGGAGCUACAGGAUUGAGCAAUCACAGCUCUAUUCCCAUGGACCCGGAACACGUGGAGCUGGUGAAAAGGACGAUGGCUGGAGUAAGCCUGCCUGCGCCAGGGGUUCCUGCCUGGGCUCGGGAGAUAUCAGAUGCCCAGUGGGAAGAUGUGGUACAGAAGGCCCUUCAGGCCCGGCAGGGUACCCCAGCCUGGAAGUAACUAGCCUGAGAGCUGCCUUAUCUCCCUGCAUUCCAGGCCAGAACCAGCACAGGACUGAACAUAGCCGUGGUUGUAACGUCCAUCUCCAUCUUUCUCAUCUCCCUUUCCACAUCAAGGCAAAUCAGACUUCUUCUCAGAGACCCACUUUAUUCAGUUCUGUACAUAUGGGGACAUCGGCCCAAGCCCAACCCAUCUUAGCAUGUAUCACUCUGUGGAGAAUAAAGCACCCUAUGUACACAGCCAAAA